UCGACGCAAGGUCAAACUGCUCAAGCGAGUGAAGACGAGCGAAGCAAGACGACGAUCGAUCACAUGCAAAUGCUGCUUGGAGAGCAUGCGUAGACGUACGAUCAUCUAUGGAUUCAUCUCAAAGCUUCCUCCUCCCCCUUUCCGCCUCCGAAGCAAGCAAAACUCCCCGGCCCUCGCAUGCAUAAUCCAAACAGGUAGAUCGAGGUGGGUAUUACCAACUACGAACAGGUGAAGUAGCUUCACAAGUGAGAAUCAUGGAGUGCGAUCUCCUCCACGGGAACGGGAAGAUGAAGCCCGCCACCAGCAGGAGGCGCUACUGCAGCACCACCGCCGUGACGCUCCUCCUCUUCCUCCUCACCAAUACCGUCUCCAUCCUCGUCUCCUCUGGCGCCGGCCCCUCCCUCCUCCGCCGCUACAAGCCCGCCACCAUCCGCCUCUGGGACGACUCCGCCGCGCUCAUCGCCGACCUCAACGCCACGCAGUCUGCGCUCGCCGCCAGCCGCGCCGAGCUCGCCGGCCUCUACGCCCGCAUCGGCACCGCCAACGAGCUCCUCCGCACCCUCCUCGCCGCCAUGCCGCCGCGCGACGGCACGGCGGGGCAAAGGCAGGUGCCCGGCGACGUCGAUGGGUGGGCACGCGAGCCCUCCGGCGAGCUGAAGCUGGCCAGCGGGCCACACAGGCCUAUGGUCGCCGGAUACGGCCGGAACGCCACCGGCGAGGUGGUGUUCCCUGCUCUGGGACACGCGUGCAAUCGCUUCCAGGACGACCUGGAGCGGUACAUGGACUACACGCCCAGCGGCGAGUGCCCCUCCGACGAGGCGCUGGAGCACUGGCUGAUGCUCAGCGGCUGCGAGCCGCUGCCGCGGCGCCGAUGCCGCCCGCGGUCGCCGACGGGUUACGUGCAGCCGAUGACCCUGCCGAAGAGCCUCUGGGCUAUGCCGCCUGACACCACCGUCGUCUGGGACGCGUUCCCGUGCAAGAACUACUCGUGCCUGGUGAAAAACCGUGGCACUACGGCGCACGGCUGCGACGGCUGCUUCGACCUGCGCCGCCGGGAGAAGGGACGGUGGACGCGCGACGUCAAAGGCUCCCUCGACUACUCCAUUGACGCCGUGCUCGCGGCGAGGCCGAACGGCACGGUGCGCAUCGGUCUGGACAUCGGCGGCGGCGGGUCCUCCGGCACGUUCGCGGCGCGGAUGCUGGAGCGCGGGGUGACCGUGGUGACCGCGUCCAUGAACUCCGGCGCGCCGUUCAACAGCUUCAUCGCGUCACGAGGGCUCGUGCCAAUGCACAUCAGCAUCGGACACCGUCUGCCGUUCUUCGAUCGCACACUCGACAUCGUGCACGCGACGCACGAGCUCGGCAGCAGCUCGAUGCCCGACGUGAUGCUGGAGUUCGCACUGUUCGACAUCUACAGGGUGCUGAGGCCCGGGGGACUGUUCUGGCUCGACCACUUCCUCUGCACCGGCACGCAGCUGAACGCGACGUACGCGCCGAUGCUUGAUCGGAUCGGGUUCAAGAAGGCGCGGUGGAACACCGGCCGGAGGCUCGGCCGGGGAAAGGAGAAGAACGAGUGGUACAUCUCAGCGCUGUUAGAGAAGCCCAUGACAUGAGGAGGAGGAGAUCAGAGAAGAACAUGCAAUGUGAGCGAGAAGACAAAAAUGUGGUUGUAAAUUUGUAAUUCGGUAUCAGAGUUGCUUUGCAAUCUAGACGGAGUGUUGAGGAACAAAAAUUAAUUGGCAAAGCGCAAUCUUGUCUUCUGCUUCUUCUACGUCUGCAGUUCUGCACGC